AUGUCAGCUACCACGGAGCAAGAGCAAGCACCGAACGUACCGACCAACAACCUCAACGUCAAGCAGCAAAACCGCAUUCAGAAAAGGCGACUUGCUCGUCAAAAACUCAUCACGCACCUGGCUCUCUCACGGCAGAACAGGCCAUACAUCCCUGGCGUGGUCCAAGGAUGCAUGCGUCCACCACGAGGCCCAGACGGUCGCUUCCUAACACCCGAACAAAUCACCGUUAUGCAGAUGGAGGCUCUCGAGAUACAGGAAACCAAAGGGAAGCCUGCAGAAUGCCCGAAUGAGAAGCCAAAACUCUGA